CAGCUAGUUAAACGUGAGCAUUAAAUUUUUUUUAAAAAUCCCCCUACUUUCCCAAGACAGCACUUCCAUGAAUUUAGUCUUCUGUAAAUCACUGGGCAUUUCUGUGAGCCCUUUCUACCUCCACUUUCUUCUGUCCUCGCAGUUUCCUUAUCCCGGACCGCGCCCCACUUCCUACCCAAUCACCCCACAAACAAGAUUUCAAGACCCAAUAGAAAAUGAUCCUUUUAGUGACAGUUGCUUGUCAGUUGGCCGAUCCACUGGGCACCGGGGUGCAGUCUUUGAGAUUUUUGAUCCUGGAGGCCACCGAGCUCAGCGUUCUGGGCAGGACCUGGGCGAGGGGCGCUUAGCCCUUCGUUUCGAUCUUCCCACCAACAUCCGAGAGCCUAAUCAGCGCGCCCACGGAGGCACCUUAAGGGCAGUUGGGGAGGAUGAGCAGAGCCGGGAGACAGCAAGAGGUACAGACCCUCUGCAGCACCUCUCCAAUUCCGCAGCCCUUCCGGGUGGCGUAUACAGCUCCAGGAUUGGGAAAGGGGCUCCGGUGGCCCGGCCCGCGGGCGCCUGGCCUCGAAACCAGAGGCAGGAGUGUGGGGCGUGGGGUUGGGGGGUGCCGGGCAGAGGAGGAAGCCUUGUCCGGGUCCGCUGGGCGAGGGGUCCCGGGUCAGGGCCGGUCUGAGCCCCGGUGCCCCGCAGGUCUCCCCGCGCCCCGGCCGCGCCCACACGCCCGCCCCCUAGCCACUGCGGUUGCUAUGCGUUGCCGUGAAACGCCUGUCAAUAAACCCUGUUUGGACAGUGGA